CAAGUGGCAUGUCAGAAAGGAACUGCGGAACGUGGUGCCUACGUCAUUGCUUCAACCAGGUGGCAUUCCGAGGGGAGAGAGGAGACGUGGACGCACAAUCAAAAUUUCAACUCAGACAGGAACAGAAUGUGAGCCGCGCGUAAUGUAGGCAAAAUUAAUCAUUCAAACCGAUUCAGCAUCUGCGCUUAUUGCACGCGUUCGAAGAGAAACGAGAAAACAGGUUGUCUUUGUGCGCGGCGCUUCUAACCGGAGAGCGGGCUUUCCUUAAGAAUAACGUGGAUAGAGGAUUCGCAAGAGGAGCAUUCAACAUGUCUUCUGCACAAGUCUCCUCGUCGAGGAGGCAGUCUUGUUAUCUGUGUGAUUUGCCCCGCAUGCCGUGGGCUAUGAUUUGGGAUUUUACGGAGCCGGUCUGCAGAGGUUGCGUAAACUAUGAAGGUGCUGAUCGGAUCGAGUUUGUUAUUGAGACUGCGCGGCAUCUCAAGCGAGCUCAUGGCUUCCAGGAGGGGAGAUCCCCGGGACCAGCGCCACCGCCUACGGUGAAGACUCAAGCGACUAUGUCAGCUAAGGAAACGGUGCAGCUGAACCAUGUGGACGGCUCUUCUAAACAGCAAGCAGGGCUUGAUCGCUAUUCUCUGAGUACAGAGAGGUCCCGUUUCGAUUAUUCCAGCAUAAGCACCCAUGCUGGACGGCUCCCGAAUGGGCUGAGUGGACCUAAUGGCUUUCCAAAACAAGACGACGGACCUCCUGAAUUAAACAGGCAGAGCCCGAACUCGCGUCGGAACCAUGGGCUUGUGGCGGUCCCCAGUCAGAUGAAUGUGCCUCCCAACCUUCUCCCGCAGACCAUGCUGAACGGCCCCCCUUCAGCUGCAGCCAUAGCCCAGCACAACAUGGCCAGCAGAGCCCCACCGCCGUCCAGCAUUGGGACCGCGCUGUCCAUGGCGUCCCAGUCCAUGUCGGAACAAGGCAGAAGACCUGGCUCCGUUUCCAGUACGGACCAAGAGAGGGACCUGAAGGAGAAGCAGCGCAACGCUGAGGCUCUGGCGGAACUUAGUGAAAGUUUGAGGAACAGAGCCGAAGAAUGGGCCAACAAACCUAAGAUCGUGCGAGAGACUUUGAUCACACUCUCAAACAGCACCCCUUUUGAUGUGAGGUUCAAAAAGGAUCACUCGCUCCUGGGCAGGGUGUUUGCUUUCGAUGCUGUUUCCAAACCUGGGAUGGACUAUGAGCUAAAAAUCUUCAUUGAAUACCCCACUGGAUCUGGUAACGUAUUUUCAAGUGCGUCUGGAGUCGCCAAACAAAUGUACCAGGACUGCAUGAAAGACUUCGGCAGGGGUUUAUCCUCGGGCUUUAAGUACUUGGAGUAUGAGAAAAAGCAUGGUUCUGGUGACUGGCGACUUCUGGGCGAUUUGUUGCCAGAGUCGGUGCGUUUUUUCAAAGAGAGUUUGGGUGCGGAAAUGUUGCCACAACCCUACAUUGAUGCUAGCUGCCCGCUGUUACCCUCUGCACUGGUAAACAUCCCCCGUGCCUUGCCAUCAGCAAGUGCGCCCAGGACAGGCAUGCGUAAGCGCAAAGCCUCCCCAGAACCCGACUCUGCCGAGGGAGCUCUGAAGUUAUCCGACGAGCAACAGAGGCAACAGUGGAUGGCUAGCCAAAGCGAAGCUAUGAAACUGACCAUGGCAUCAGGAUCAUUCACUGCCUCGCACGGCGGACCACCACCUCUCGGACCGGGACAUUCAGUACACUCAAGUCGAGCAACACCGCCCGAGUCUGCUCCCCAGAACGGACAGUCACCCAUGGCUGCGCUCAUGUCGGUCGCUGACACUUUAGGUAACGCACACUCUCCAAAGGACAACAACUCGGUUCAUUCCACUACGUCUACUAGACACAACAGUAGUAGCCCAGUGUCUCCCGCCUCUGUGUCAGGACAACGUCGCCUGGCAUCCCGCAAUGGGGACAUUAAUUUGGCCGGAGCGCCCUCUCAAUCCAGUGCCCAUCCAGGCAUGGAACAGGUCCACCCUCAAAACAUUCCAGAUUCACCCAUGGCAAAUAACGGACCACUGUGUUGUACCAUUUGUCACGAACGUUUAGAAGAUACCCACUUUGUUCAGUGUCCAUCCGUCCCUAACCAUAAAUUCUGUUUCCCUUGCUCGCGAGAGAGCAUCAAAGCACAGGGAGCAACUGGCGAGGUGUAUUGCCCUAGUGGAGAAAAAUGCCCCCUGGUAGGUUCAAAUGUGCCUUGGGCUUUCAUGCAAGGUGAGAUAGCAACCAUUUUAGCCGGAGACGUGAAGGUAAAAAAAGAAAGAGAUCCUUAGAUAGGCUUAUACUUCCUCUCAGAAACGUGAAUUGAGUCGAGUAUAUUAUUACAUGUUGUGAAUAUUCAAACUGACAAAAUAAGUCCAGUGUACAGAGGCAUUUCUUUCUGCCAUGUAUUUCAGUGUUUUGAAACAAAGGUACAGUAGGCUAUGUGAUGUCACAGCUAAUUUGAAGGCGGAGGUUGUGUUGGUGAAUAUGUCGACUGGGUAACGUUACUGCAUAGCGUAUGUUUUGACGGCAGUGUGUCUAGGUACGGAGUGAAAGCACUUUGCAAUCACCGCUGCAGAUUAUCUUUAUCCUUUCCCUUUUCGUUUAGUUUUACUCAAUAUCAUGCACUUCUCUUUAUAGAUGAAUCACAACAUCACACGUGUGUUAAACGAUUAACUUAACAAACGAAUCCAGUAAAUGGUGACAUGAAAAAAUACGACACAAGGAACGUUCGUCAAAUUUGCAUUUUGUUAACAAGACGAACAGGGAACAUUGUUUAUGUUAAUUUGAACUCUUAAUAUUUUGAUAUGUUAUUUACUAAGGCGAUGUUUCAUUUUUAUCUUGUGGUCUGAAAACAAAACAACUAUAUUUUACUACGUGUUUUUUCAUUAUCUCCUUUCUUUUUGCUUUGAUGAUGCACGGAUGCUUAAAGGUAGAGCUAAAAUACUGUACAUGAACGUAAAAAGCUCUGUUUGUUUAUACAUUUCUGUAGUUAACAGAAGACUUGUAAUGUGCCUUGGAGCUGAGUAAAUUGUAAUAAAUCCAUUGAUAUCA